CUCCUCGAUAAAUUUUCGCUUUAGUGUUUGCUAACCAAAAGCUUGGAGUUACUGUUUCAAUAUAAUGGCUGAUACGGAUGAUGAUAUAGAGAAAACAGAGAAUCUACCUCGGGAUCCCACUCCGCCAACAGUAGAUGUUGAAGAAAAUAAAACUGUGGCAGAUGUGGAGGAGAAUGUUGAAGAACAUGCAAUACAUCUAGAUACAAAUGCAGACACUGCUGUGUCUAAGAAGGAACCAUUGUUGGUACAAAAUGAUCAGGAGCCAAUAGUUUCAUCGACAAACCUGAAAAACCGCGUUAUUGAAGCACCGAAUUUCGGGAAGGAAGAAUUGGAACUCUCCCCUUCUACUGUGAGCACUAACAACUAUCAACAAGCAGAAACUGCUGGCUAUGAAUCCGCUGAAUUUGAAUAUGACUGGUACAAGGAUUUUGAACACCCAGGAGAGGGUGGGGAACAUUACUCGGAUACUCGUAUUCCCUACUAUAGCAGCGAGGACUAUAUAUCAGGACCAACAUGUGUGAAAGAUGGAACGAUUCCUAUGAAUAUUUUGGAAUUUCAUCAUUCUUAUGCAUACGAUUGCCGGAGACAUUUCAACUUAUGUGUAGCAGAUCCAGAUACAAUUAUUUUUGCUUCUGGAAAUCUGAUAAACUUUUUUAAUGUUCCUGAGAACAAGAUAUGGUUCAGGCGAGGAUCUACUGGUGGUGGAAUUGGACAUAUCACUAAAAAUCCAACACACAACCAUAUAGCAAUUGGCGAGAACGGGCUUAAUCCUCCCAUUAUAAUUUAUGAGUGGCCAACUAUGGAGAUUGUCACAAUAUUGAGGCAAGGUACACAACGCUCAUACUCACAUCUGGGAUAUAGCCCAGAUGGACUUUUACUCGUCUCUCAAGGAGGAGAACCAGAUUAUAUAAUGACUGUAUGGAAUUGGCAAAGAGCUAAAGUUAUGCUACGAUGCAAGUCCCAUGGCCAAGAUAUUUACAAUGUGACAUUUUCACCAUCAGUUCCUGGACAUUUAACGUCGAGUGGUUCUGGUCAUAUUAAAUUCUGGAAAAUGGCAAAGACCUUCACUGGUUUAAAGUUAAAAGGUGAACUCGGUCGAUUUGGAAAAACUGAGAUUUCAGACAUCAUUGGCGUUUACCCCAUGCCUGAUGAAAAAGUGGUAUCUGGCUGUGAGUGGGGUGAUAUUUUGCUGUGGGAUGAAGGUCUAAUUAAACUUGAAGUCUGUAAAACAGCCCGGAAAACUUGUCAUGAGAAAUUGAUAACACAAUUUGAGUAUAAUAAUGGAGAGUUGAUGUCAGUUAGUAUGGAUGGAUGGAUCCGGAUCUGGUUUUAUGAAACAAUUGACCAAGCUGAUCCACCUGAUGACGAUCGCUUCAUAGAAAUUGAACCAAUAUAUGAAUUUGAAAUUGCUGAAAAUGAUGCAGAUGGAGACCGUUCAAUGCUUAUGUCCAUUCAAAAAACAGAACCAGAAGAUUCUGACCAAACACUCUGGUAUGCACAAGAUGGCAACGGCGGGUUAUGGCUAAUUGAUAUCUGCACCUCCGACUUUCCACAGACGCCGAAAAAGAUUUUUACUUGUCAUGCGGGUCCAAUUGUUGAUAUGAGUGUUUCAACAUGGGGCCCGUUUGUAGCAACUUUUGGCAGUAAUGCACAUUUACACGUUUACAAUUAUUAUACGAAAAGAUUAAUUCUUGUUCAUAAGUUUCGGGAUAUCGGCAGUCAAGUUGCAUGGCUUUCAUGUACAGUGGAAUCUACUGGUUCUACAAUGGUGUGUGCAUUUGGGAGUGGCGUUAUUCGUGUUAUUACAGUGGCUGUUCAGAAGGCUGACUCACAAUCCAAUAUAAGAGGUGAUUACGUCCGAUUGCUACAAGCCAUAAAACCACACUCAAGUCCAAUUACAGCUAUGUCAUUGAACGAAUCGAAUAGUUUGCUUGUCACUGGAGCUGAAGAUACAACAGUUUUUGUAUUCGGUCUUCAAAAAACCGAAACUUAUCCUCUGCUUAUACCAAUCGGAUAUAUUAGAGUUCCAUCGAGUCCGACCUGUUUCACUUGGAAGCUUGUUGAAACAAGGGUAGUGCUGAUUGGAUGUGCACAAGGCGACUGUGUUGAAGUCGAAUUUCCUACCAACACUGUUGAUUAUACAACUGUCAGCUAUGAGUUAGUGCGCUGUGAGUUGCGUAAAUUCAAAUUCGUAUCAGUAAAAUCUGAAAUACGAAGAGAGUUGUUUCGCCUGGAUUUAGAAAAGAAAAAAGCAGCAAAAACUGCUGUAAAGAUGCAACAAAUGGCUCAACUUAUCGCUGACAACCCUGGAAUCAACAUCGAUGAAGAAGCCUUCUUAAUGGAUUCAGAAGAGGAUCCACCAUAUCCUGAGAUAUAUAUACCUGAAGUCCCUAAUCGAGUAUUAUUUACAAGUUACACAGCCAACAACACCAUCUGGUUAUCCAUGGCAGGAUUUGAUGCUGGAUAUAUCUACGAAUAUCCACUACCAAUACCUGGCACAAACAUUGUGAAACCAAUCAAAAGUACCAUGGUCUUUGAUGGAGAUGACACUGAAAUUAGUUCCUACCUGUUCUAUAAUGGUAAAAAGUAUUUGAUCCUUGGUAUGCAGUAUGGUCAAAUCCGUGUGUGCCGAGUUAACAAACAUGAUCAUACAGACUUAUCAGAUUACUGGAUAUUGCCGAUGCAUGAUAACUAUAAUGGAUAUAUACCCAAAAUAUUACUUUCCCAUGAUAAUAAAAUGUUAUUGACCUGUGGGUAUGACGGUAACUUGUUUUCAUAUAUUAUUAAUGAUGUCGGUGAAUACACGGAAUCAUAUUUACAUCCAGAAAUACAGUCACCACCUCUCCCACUGCCCGUAAGAGAAGUCGAUGACAUCGAAGAACUUUCUCAUCCAAGUUUAGAGCAAGUGAUUGUCAAAGCGGAACAGAAUCGAAUAAUGGCAGUUGCAAAACGUAAAAAAAGUGAGGUCUUGAACAUGCUGAGUAGCCUGGGUGAAACUUAUGCGAGAAUCUUGGAUAGGAAUCAUAAUUUAAUCAAAUCCCAACAAAUUCCGCAUGAAGACUUCGAGCUAGACCCUAGAAUUACAACAGAUUUAAAUCAGCAUUUGGAAGCAGAAAUGAAUCUUGUCUAUAGAAAGUUGGCAUUCAAAGUAGAAAAAAGUAAAUUACGUCUUCAGAAAUUGAUGACUCAUUUUAUACAACCAAUUACAUGUCUUCCAUUCGAAGUAUGUAAGAUUCUGGCACCAGAUGUUGCAGUUAAAUCAUUCAGGGAGCGAAAAUUGGACGCAAGCUUUUUGGAUGCAUGCACUGAAGUAGAAAAGAGAAUUAAGGACAGAGAUGAUAUAGGCAGACGUGCAGCUGUGAAAUUGGAGGAAGAGGUAGAAGAGACUCUUGAGAAGAAAAAAGUUUCAGGAAUUGAAAGUUUCCUCAAAGGCCUUAGUCCGUCAACCAUUCAAUAUCGUCUUGGUGUUAAGGUCAAUCAAAUGUUGCGAAAAUACCGUGCAAGAAAAGCCAGAUCUGAGGAGCGUCUAUUGGAGUGGAAAGCGAUGUACGCAAAGAAACCAGACCCGCAUGUAAACCACCCGGAUGAUUUGACUGCGAUUGAUCAUGCAGAUCAUACUAUUGGUGACUAUAAGUUAAAAACAUCCCAGAACUAUAGUAUUUCCAAAGAACAAAGAGAAAACAUGUUGAAUAAGUAUAAACAGUUUUUGGAUGCUAGAAAAAAGGCUCAUAGGAUGAGGGAAGGUUUUAACGAUAAACUGAGAAAUGUCAGGAGUAAAAAGGAAGCAUUAUUAACUGAAGUCAAUGACUUAAUAUAUAAGUUGAAAAAAAUACACUCAGAGAUUCCUGAGAAACGUAUCAAGCCAAUUCCGACUGUCCCACACAUUGAUUAUAACGUUGAGUUUCCAGAACGAAACUUAGAGUUUGAGAGGUAUGUAUCAAUGGCCGAAAAAGUGAAGGAGGCAAAACGAACUAGAAAAGGAUUUGCUAUGGAGAUCGUUCUGAAUCCAGAAGAUGAAGAACAUGAAUUAUUAUUAAUGGAUGACAAAACAGUUCAGUUAGGACGUGAGAGCAGUCUGACGGUGUUGUUUAUGAAAAUGCCAGAGAAGAGAUACCGAGCUCAGUCUGCAAUUACUGAAGACGUGCUGCAGAGUUUAGUCAGUAGUGACCGAGUUGAGACACCGUGGGAAAGGGAGAUGAAACGGGCUCGUGUAGCUCGAAAAAUUUACGAACAAGAUUGCAUCUUAGAAUAUAUUCAGGAAAGCUAUCAAACCUUGGAUAGAAGCUUAGAUGAACUUGAACGUGAGCGUCUUGAAAUUGAAGCUGAUAGUGUCUACAUGGAGCUCUUUAUUCUAACAUUACAUCAAGAACUCAUUGUGCUCAAGGAAUUUGAAGCGACGGAAGAUAUGCUAACAAAAAAGGUCACAGAGAAAAUUGAAGAAAAAUCUAUCGCUCAGCAAAAGAUGCAAGCAAUGACUACAAAGAUUGAUCAGAAGAAAAAAGAAAUUCUAAAACUCCAUACAAAAAUAAAGGAACAGGCUUUAGAAUUCAUGGGUAUGAUCAGUGAAAAUAAGUUUCAUGACUUCCUCAAAAGGAUCUUCAAAAAAAAGUAUAAGCCCCCAAAAUCAGAGGAUGAGUCAUCAUCAUCCUCGUCGUCGUCAACAACUGAAUCUAGUUCUGCGCAAGAUGAUGCUGGAAGUAUUGACAGUCGAGAAAUUGGACCCAUUCACCUGGAUGAAAAUAUUUGUCCAGCAGGAUGCGACCAAGAACUUUAUCUCGCAGCUUUUUCGAUGAGAGAUAAACGAUAUGAGUAUGAAUUUCAAAUCAAGGAGGAACAGAAAUGUAUUGAAACUCUUCGUAAGGAAAUUGAAAGCGAUACGAAAAAAAUGAAAAUUAUCGAAAAUGUAUUGAAAAGCAAUCAAGAUGAUCUACAAGCUUUUAUGCGGGAAAAGCAGUGCAAAUUGAACGAUAUAGACAUGACUGUAAUAUUAAAAUUACAUCAGUUCCAACAUUUUAAAGACGACACCACAAUGGAGAAAAUUCGUGACUGCGUUGUGUUUGAUGAUACUAAGUUGACAAACUUGUAUGCUAGAGUUGGUCAGCUCAGAGAAGAAACCGCAGAACAGAAGGCCAAACAUAGGAAAAACCGUAUGCACUUACAACGAAUGAAUGUUGAUUGCAAAUACAUGGAAACAGAAAUACAUAGGUUGAAAAGUAGUAUACGACAAGAAAUGAUAGGAAAAUUUGGCCGUGAAAUAUCUCUCAAUUCUCUAUACGAAGCUGUGUUGAGGCGGAUGAUUUAUGACAUCAAAGUCAGUCUUACUGAAAUGGUUCCGGAAUUUGAAAGUCAGAUUCAAUGUAUCAAGAACAGAUAUGCGAAGGAAAUUAAAAUCUUGGAGGGCGUUAUUCAGGAUAAUACUGAAAAGUUGAGUUUCUUAACCGUUUUGGAAGAAGAACAAUUAAAACUGAAGAAGAUGUUGAAACAUAUUCCAAUAUCCGAAGAAGAGAUGUUAAAAAUUGAUUCCGACUAUCAACGAGACCUUAUGAAAUUGGAGACAAUCCUUAAGAGUCAAAUACAACAAAAGAAGCAAUUACAAAAUGAGAUUAAAAAACUAAGCCUAAAGUCAAGGCCCUUACCACCGAUAAUUUGUCAGAAAAAAGAAGGGGACAAGAAGCAGGCAAAAAAAAAAUCGAUGAAAAAAUCUGUUGCGAUCAUUGAUGUUGAAACUGGGGAAGGUCUCACAUUUGACCAGGCUGAAUCCAGAUAUGAAGAGUCAGAAGAAGAUGAAGUCGAUGUUGGUGAGAAUGAUAAUGAAAAAGGCAAUAAAGACAAAAAAACAAAUGUAGAAGAAAUGUGUGAGAAAGAAGAAAAUGAGAAUAAUAUUUCACAACAAUUGAGCGAAGAUCGGGAUGAUAAUACUGCAACUAUGGUGCACCGGUUGCUUUCAAGAAUCAUUCAGGCGUCAUUAAAAGAUGAGGAUGAAGGUAUGGAGUGGGACAUAUUGAGAGAAGUAAUAUCGAAUUUACCGAUUGGCGGAAGUCGCGAAGAAUUGCAAGCUGGAAUCGAACAAAGUGUUGAAAAAGUUAUUCAAACACUACCACAAGAUGAUACAGAUGAUGUCAAAGCUAUGCGCCAAGCAAUACAAGAUAUAAUUAAUGAAAUAGUACAUCGAUUGGAUGCGGAAAUAAAAGUUAUCAAAAUGAAUUCACAAGACGCCAAGGAAAUCAUAAGCGAAUUACUGCGUGAUAUUAAGAUGAGUGACAAAACUAUGAUAGCUGAUCUUGCAAAUUCUAUAGUCAGUUUAUUAGCAAUGCAAGGCGGAAUAGUUGCAGCAACGAACCACGUUAUUGAUAAUAUGCCAAAUGAUAGCAGUAAUAAAACAAUAGAGACAGUACGAAAACGCGUGAACACGAUUUUUAUGGACCUCUCUCAACAGAUAGCACAUCCUGAGCAGGAUACAGGGAAUGAAUUCUCAGAACACCGAACACUAGAGAAAGCUAAGGAAAAUGAAUCGUUGGAACAGAGUGCAACACCAGAGAAUGAGGAUUUGUGUGUAGUACAAGAUGAACAACAGUCGACAGAAGAUACUGGUCACACGACAGAAGAAAUAUCAGAGCCUGAUCGAAAGUUGUAACCAGGAUUCAUAGAAUUUGCUGAUCAUUUCGAAACAGCAAGCACUAGGUACAUAUAAUUGCUCCCAUUCUUCUCUUCAGACUACAUAAUGAUAGUGGUAAAAGCGAAAAAGCUUUCUUUACUGAGAAGUCAGGGAAUUGAAAUAUCUUCAAUACAUCAUAUGCUGCAAUUUAUUUCUUUGUGUCUAGAACAAAAAUGUAGCUUUUGCUCUAAUGCGCAAACCGCAAACAGUAACUAAUUAAGUAUCGUUUAUAAAAAUAACGUGUUUGUUGUAUACGAUAUUUUGUAAGCUUGUAUGUAAUAAUAAAUAAGUGUGCUCACAAAA